AUGAGAGGCCUGCUUCCAGAUAUCGAACUAAAAGUUCGAUUUAAAAACCCGACGACCUUGCAAGAUGCUAUAAAUGCAGCUCAAGCAGGUGAGUGGGAGGUAGGGUACCAGGAAAUCCUUCGUCGUGAUGCCCGGCAAACCCAGAGCGGAAACGCAGGCCCUCAUGGAAAUAAAUUUGCUCCGUACCCAAGCCCUUAUCGCGGCAGGUCACAAGUCCGUUCCCUUAAAUCACAGUGGGAAGGAAAGCAGAAUAGUCGUGGUCGAGAUCGCGGCGAUGACCUAAGUCACGAUUGGAGAAAUCAGACCCCGGUUAGAUGCUUUAAAUUCAAUAAACCUGGACACUUUGCCAGGGAUUGCAAUAAACGAGACAAUCCUCGCGCGGGAAAUGAAGUCUGCUACGUCUGCGAUAAAGAGGGGCAUCUAGCCCGCGAACGCACUCGAAAGAAAAUCCCUGAAGUUAUCACCUGUUAUAGGUGCGAUAAAACGGUACAUUAUUCGAAUCAGUGUCCUAGUCGCGACCCUCUUCCAUCGACCCAAUUUUGCGACCGUUGCAAAAUUACCGGAUACAACAAUGCGAAUUGCAAGCGCAGAAAUGAGUCUUUUACUUCUGUAGCCAGUCAUUUAAACGAAUAA